CUUCUGCUUGGGAUACAGUCCCUUUGAAUGUGCGUGUGAAACAGGGGUCUGAUCGCCCUGUAACGGUACGGAAAGUGUGUGGAGAAAUGUGUUGCGUUAUUCCGAAUGUGCUUGAUUUCAAUGGAUAGAAAUGCUUAACAUUGUGCUUAACUUAAUCUCAAUAAUGUGUUUGAUUCCAAGGAAGCCAUAAUCUAAUUUCUGACAAGUGUUUUGUUUUACAAUUUUUGCAUCACAAGCAGAUCUAAAUUUAGAUCUAUUAAUAUUAUAAAUCUAUAUCUAGGCCUAUCAAUAGUAUCAACUUCAAGGAUUAUAAUUAUUAGGUCUAUUAAGUAUUAUACUUAUAGUCUAUAUCAUAGAGUAGAUAUCUAAAGCCGGGUAGAGGGUAUAGAUCUAGAUAUACAAAUAUUCUAGAUCUAGAAUCUAGAUCAUGGCAUGGGAAUAGCUGAAUAGGUUACAACUAUAAAGAACUUAACAGAUCUAGCAAUGGAACGAACGGAUUAAUAGCUGCUGCUUAGACGUCUUGUGCUUCCUGUGUUUUAUUAAGAUCGCGAUUCUCGGUUUUCUUCCAUAAAAUGUCCACCUGACACCACACGCCAUUUUUCCUCGAGCCCCCCUAAGCAGCUUUCGGGUGUCGAUCGCCAGAUGAAGAACAGGCCGUCUGCUGCCUUCCGCGCCAGCGCCAAGCCCCCGACCUACUGCAAGAUGGAGUCUCAGAAGGAAGACGAGGACGACGGGAAGGGAAGCAGGACCAUGGUGCUCGGCGGGGGCGACGGCAGCAACGCCGAAGGGGCGGUGCCCGCGAAAGGCGGCUGUGGCGAAGGCAGGGUGCUGAUCUUCUUGGUGCUCGGGGUGCUCACGCUGGUGUUCAGCGGUGUUCUCAUCGGGAUAUAUAUGAACGUCAGGACCCUGACCUCCAGCCUGGAUGUAAUCGAGGUCAUGCCAUCGUUUGUUCCCGCGGCAGCGGGAGGACUUGCUGGCUUGUUUCUCUUGAGUCUCUUUUGGAAACGUUAUGUCGUCUUGGUGUAUCCCGUGCUGGUCCUGUGUGCUGUGUCCACUGGCCUCAGUAUCAUCAUCGCCGUGCUCACGGGCACGCACGUGCUGCAGCCUCUGCUGAGUGUGUCGGGCUGUGUGUACACCAGAAAGGGAAACAUAUGUCAGUGCCUGACCCAGUUCAAGAGGGACAAACUGGACUUGGAGCGGGUCAAUGCAGGAGAAACAGUGUAUCUGGCAUUGCACAAUGUGUCCAGCUGUGAAGAUGUCCAGACGGUCAUCCCAACAAUGUUGUACACAAUGAUUGGCAUCCAUGGACUUCUGGCUCUGGUGUCUGCUGUGGCUGGCAUCAUUUCAUUUCUGGUCUAUAGGACUGAGCGGAACAGGAACUAUUUGGAUGACACCGAUUAUGAUGAAGAUGAAGACAGUUCUCCUUCAACUCCGUCUUCCAACACUGACAACUAUACAGAGCAUCAAAAUAUGCUGUCCUCUCGGCAAGCCAAUGUGACCACGGCAGCCUCUGUGGGGAACAUCUACACCAACACAAAUGCCACUACCAAUGACGAAGAAACCAACAAUGAUGACGGCAACACCACCCCAAGUGAUCUGACCUACAACCCUUCGGAUGCACCCAUGGGCUACACAGAAGCCUGCAAGAUGAGGAGGUGUCAGAGUUUCACUCAGCCCCAGGGUGCUGCCAGAGAGGGUAGCCCUGGGAGCUUAGAGUCAGGCCAGACCGCAUCAUCACUAAUGAGUAGCGACAGGGUAGCUGACGGUGGGGCCAUUAGGCUGAAAGAGAACCGAAAGAAAGGUCGCAGGGCUGUGACCUUACACGGACUUGACAGAGACCAAUUGCUGCUCAUUCUGAGUUUACAGAUGAGAUAUUUGCAGGAGUCUGAACAGCUGGCUAAAAAAGAAUGUCAGAGUGCCUUAAAUCUCAACAAUAUCAAUAAACCCAACAGAACCAAUGUCAAGAACCCCAAUGCGACUUCGAGUGAUACGAGUCAAGAAAAUAUUGACACCUCUAAUACAUUUAGCCAUUUCCAGCGCAGAGCCAUGACUCCGACUCCACGCCAGGAGCGAUUAUCUAGCAGCAGGGCAACAAAUGAUGAUCUGGACUACAAGCCUGCUAAGCAAGUGAGGUCUCACACACCUCAGCCUUACCAUUUCAAAGUUCAGCACAAUGGUGUUCCAGCUACAAUGGGUCCGGUGCUGCUGCCCAAUAUACCAGCUCAGUACCAAGUAGAGCAACAGCUUCAAACCCAGCAGCUUCAGCAUCUCCAGCAGCAGCUUCAACCCCAGCAGCUUCAGCUUCUCCAGCAGCAGCAGCUCCAACAGCAACAGCAGUUUUUGCAGUUUCAACAACAGCAACAACUGGCACAGCUUCAGCAACAGCAACAGAAAAUCCAAAUGCAGCAACAGUUACAACUACAGCAGCACCUCCAAGUGCAGCAGAUGUCUCAGCAUCUACCCAUGCAGCAGCCCAUCCUGGUCCAACAACCUGCGCUGCAGUCUGCCAAUGACAACAUGGAAAACGAGUCCCUUACCAUGAUAACCUAUGACCUCCGUAGUGUGCAAACCACUGGUCCCAUUGUCUAUGAGAACGUACCUUCUUCCAGGACAUCACUGAACUAUUACAGUCCUGAUGGCUCUUGCUCUUCCAAUUCCUCCUCCCUGCUUCGAGCAACUAACCUGCCAGGAUACCCAAGUCUGUCAUCAAACUCUGUUCCAACACAAACCCAGCCCAUGCCUCAACCAGUUGAAUCAAGUCCCAUCAAAGUGUUGGGCGGCAAUAUACCGACCAUGACACCAAACUCCCCUGGCCAGAUUAGCCGCCAGACAUCCGAAAUUUCAUCCCCCUCUCAUUCAGGCAAUGACAGCAUAAACACUGAACAGAAGCAGCCAGGGAAAUCCCCGGAGAGCACACCAGAAACACAGCCAUCGAAAGCAAAAGGCAAGAAAAAACUUUCAAAGAAAGAGAAAAAUGCCAAGAAAGAAGAGGAGAAAACAGCGACAACCGAUUCAACAAAAACUAGCACUCUUGGAAGGACAGACUCCAAUGCUAGCAAAGCUGGAUCAAUCUCCGAUCGCUGGCAAGCUGUACUGCCUGAUGGGAAAGCACAAGCUCAGACUCUAUGGGAAAAUGUUCAGCGAAAGAUUGUCUCUGAUCCUCAGACUCCAGAUUCAACUUUAACUUUUCCCCAUUCAUCCCACCCCACUUCUCAGACCUCCGUACAGCCCUCUGCUCCCAAUCAUGUUCCUAACUCAUCCCUUGCUGUCCCUAAUGGCAUUCUCAAAAAAACAAAGAGUGUGCCCUAUUCCCAGCAGUCUAGUCCAAAUCUUGCUCCUGUCAGUCCUCAAUCAUUGUCUCAGUUUGACUCACAAGUUCCUUCUAGCAUUUAUUCAAGCUAUAACCAAAUGACCAACACACCUUCUUAUAAUGCAUUUAUACCAAUCGCCACAUCAUCAACAGACAAUUAUGAAGAUAUUGAUAAUCAACAUGCUCAACAAGUGCAGCAGGAUGUGCCCCCACCAAAGCCAGCUAGGCUGUAUGCCAGAAAACCAGCACCUGGCACAGAGGCAGGCGAUACCUUGGACAGUCAAGGGCAACAAUUGAGGCCAAAGAGCUACCUCAGUGCUGUAGAUCGUGAAAGCAUGGCUGCAGCCAGUUUGACUAGCAUGGGUAAUGUCCCCUCUCAGCCAGGGUAUGAAGGGACAAACAAACAGUCUCUGACUCACAUGCAAAUGGAAGGCCCAGUCCGAGACGAAAGGUCUGGCGGCAUUGUCCCUGCGGGAAGUAAUGAUCAAUUCAUCGUGAUUAAUGGGGACCUGUAUGCCCAGCCACGCCGAAAAUCCAUCCCAACUAAUUUACCAUUAUUACCCAGCUUAAACCAGAGUCAUCAAAUGUACCAAAACUCUGAGGUUGAUCAUAACUUGAUGGACAAUCAGGCCAGAGCUCAGUACAGAUUAGAUGUGCACCAGCCCCAGAGGUCUGCCUUCCAUAUGCUAGGACACACGUACCAUGGAGACAGAUCAGGCCAUUUACCUUCCAAUGAAAUUUGUGACACAGAUCUGGAUGAGCUUCCAAUUCCUCGCUGGAACAGCCGCUACCACAGAAGCCAGUCAUUUUCACCACCUCCUUACACCCCGCCCCCAGUGUAUCAGUCAUUGGAAUCAGUCGGCAAAUAUCCUUCGAUCAGAUCAACCUCAAGCUCUUCAUCUGACCCACACAACUCAUCCUCAGAAGGCUCAACAUUGGACAACAUUCAGCCUGGGUUUACAAACAACCGAUUGCAGGGCCCCCCUUUAUCCAUGAGCCGAGGCCGCCAGCCAGCCCAUGUAACUGACCGUAGGUUCUGUCUCACUCAGCAGCGCCAGCCCCCGCCAAACCUCUACAACCACAGUGGCCAUCGCCUUAAUUUAAAAAGUGACUAUGACAGCUUCAGGGAUAAAAGAGUUGACCAGGAACCGCCUCCCCAAGUAGCUAUUAGACGCUGCCAGUCUGUGGAAGAAGGAAACCGGAAACGGUUAACACCUGGACAGCAUUUGGUUAAUGGAAAAAUGGUUCCACACAACAACUAUUACCCAAACAUUGACAACAUUCGAACUACCUCUGACGGCCAGAAUCUGGAGAACAAUCUCAAAAUGGGGCCCCCUGUCAACAGGGUAAGACCCAUUCACAAUGGGUCAGUACCUAACACAGAGCAACCUGCGUUUCAGAAAGGCGUUCAAAAUUUCCAGAAUGAAGCUUACAUCCGAAACAAAGGCUGCCAAGCUAGGAAAUUUCCCGGAGAUGUCUCGGAAGAAGAUCUGAGCUGUUCUAUUGACACGGAUUCAGUUAUAAGUGAUUCCUCUCCUCAAGAAGUAUGUCCGAAUAAAGAGCUGAAUGGAUUCAUCACGCAUGGCCGAGCCCUGGAGUCCAGCGACAGUGACAAAGAUGACUAUGCUGAAACUGUUAUUUGAAAAAGGAUACACCCACCGCCUCUACCCCCAUCAUUGUCUUUUCAUUUCAACUAACCUUUAGCCUAGUCUUCGACAUUUACAAAUCACUAACAAGCCAGGCAGGCUAUUAUUGUAAAAUGUGUAAAUAAAACUUAUUGAUUAACAGUCCAAAUAUAACCCAUCACAAAUUACUUAAGCCUAUAUAUAUUUAUUUGAUGACUUGGCUUUGCCCUGGUGUAAGUUUCAGCUUACUAAUUCUUAUAUCUUACUUUUUUGUGCAUCAAUGUGAACAAGUAACUCGAUUCUAUUCAAAAUUUCUACUAUCUAGUAUACAUGGGAAAGGUUUUAAUUAAUUGUCUUCUUUGAACAUUUCUCUGGAUUAAGCUCUUCGGGUUUAAACUCUUGAUUUCUAAAACAUCUAAAUGCUUAGAAUGUGUAAUAAUGUGCUCAGACUUUCUGUCUGGUUUCAUUGACCAUUAACUAAAUGGACCAAUCAUAAUGAUAUCUCUAGUCUUCCUAACAUACUCAAAGUGCAGCUUAUUUGUUUGUAGAAUACAAACAUUUGUGCCUUGUUCUUAUAGAUUGAUAUUAUCUCUAAUUAGCCAUAAUAUAAAGGUGCCUUGAUCAUCAUGUUGCCAAGGGAAGACAAUUUCUCUGUAUUUUUUUUUGUUAUUCAUUGCAAAUACUUGAUUGUGUCUUUUAUAUCUCUCUGAAGCUAAGAAGACAAAGUUAUUAUCUUUCUUUUAAUCAUACUCAACAGGGCUUCCAAGGGAGGCAAUCUUCUUUUGAUGUUUUAAUAUCUCAGUUUAAUUUUUUUUUUCCCAUCAGAGUUGAUGUUCUUGUUUCUUAUCUCAGUGCCAUUGGUCAAGCUUCCAUUAAAUGCCUUAUAUGUCCAUUGUUAUAUAUCUUUACUGACCAGUAGAGCCAAGCCUGACCUAUAGAGGUGGCUUUUAUUUUUGUAACCAUAAUUGAACAAUUGAGAAUAGUUGUUAUAGAUCCUAUCUUGAGUAUGGUUUAUUUUACAGGUAUGAAGGUACUGCCCUACAUAUAUGGAGUGUUUGAUCUACUAUUGUCAUUUUCCUAGCACAUUUAUUUAAUAAUGCAUUUAGUUGCCUUCUUAUUUUAAAAUACAAUUAAUUUGUAUUUAACACAUGGAACCAUUAUCUGAAAUCAUGAUUGUCUUGUGUUCAAUUGUAUUCACUGUCUAAUGAAAAACUAAAUGCAAAAUUCAUAUAAAUCUUGAGAUAAUGUUAAAAUGUUAUAUGAUGUUAUGGGAAGCCAGUAAUCAACUUAAGAUAUGGCAUAAUUAUAUUUGAAGCCAAUAUGAAUUGGUUUGUCUAUUUAAUGUCAUAUGGUAUACGUAUUGACACAAUCAAAUUUAAUUGAAUGUACUUAUGUAGACUUGUAUUAAUGUAAAAAAAAGGCUUAUUAUAUUAAUGUAAAAUAUGGCAAUUCUAAAUUGGCUGUCUAGUUGUGUGAUAAGCAUGCUGAACUGUCAUUGUCAUAUCAUUGGCCCAGGUUCAUCCACUGCCCACUUCCAUCCUCCGUUGUCAUGCGGGAGGUUCGGACAAGGAAGUAGUUUAUCUUCAACUUUGAAGGAAGAUCAGAAAUAACCAAGAACAAAACUGACUGUCAUUUGGAUUUAAAUUUUAAGUUCUACACCUGCCUGUUUCCUUUCCUACCAUUCUACAAAAGGUCUGUGUUAGAACAUAAUAAAUCUUCAUUUGUGAAAAACGUUACGCAAUCUAUUAACUUAAUGCUAUUUGUUUACAAGAAAAUGUUACUAAAUUGGGAAUACCAUCCAACAAGUUUUUGUACAGUCACUAUCAAUUCAUCCUGGAGUUGUUUCUCUUACUUCAAUAAAUUAUAUUUGAAUAGGAAUUGAUGAUGGAUAACUUACAAGUUUGUUACGGUUUGUAUGCUUACUAAGAAAUAUUCUGUAUCUAAAUAUCGAGUCAACCCUCGACAUUGUAAAUGAAUGUGAACUAGAGUGUGAAAUUUAAUUUUGAAAGAUUCUGAGCUUGAAAGAGAUAAUGCUGCUCAAUUCAACUGACUACAAAAUUGACUUCAGAAACUGUGACCUUGUUUCAAACUUCCUCUACAACCUUAUAUAAGAACAGAUGGAAUGAAAGAGUUAUUAAAUAAAUGUCAUCUUCUGUACCAAUGAACAAAAUGAAAAACCUUGCAAAGCUUAUUUUCCGUUUAUUUAUUUCUUUUGACGGCAGGACUUUUGAUGGAAAAAGUGAGAAAUUACAUUUUUCUUUAGUGAAAUAUUUACUAAGUAGCUACCUUUUUUUUUUUUUCAUCCCAGCCUGCUUCAGAAACAUCUGGCCUAAUUUAAAUUAGCGUAACUUUUGAUUUUGUGUAUGUCUUUGUUCGCCAGUAGCAAUUACAACAUGGCACAUUUAGAGUAAUUGCCCUUUAAGAUAUUAAAUGUUAUUGAUUUCAUUUAAUUUUUUAAACACAAAACUUAUAUUUUUAAUAGAAAUUGUACUAAGAAAAUGAUGAUUCAAUGGUAUUAAAAUGUGUAUACACAAAAUGAAAUUGAAUACUGGCAUACAUUAUGAUGGUCCACAGAGCUCCUUUAGCAAGAAAAUUUUAAAUAUUAUAUUACCUCCCCUUGAUAGAGCAGUUUCAGUUUUCACCCAACCCCACCAUGUCUCUUUUUUUUUUUUUAUUACCUUUUACUUGCAUUUAUGACAAAACCAAAUUGUAUGCUGACCAACUAUUUUUCAGUUGUUAUAGGUGUAAAACGCUUUGAGAAUGAUAAGUCAUGUUUCAUGCUCGGGUGUCGGAACAAAUCUCUGGAGAGUUGUGCUUACAUCUUCAGCUGUAUAUAUCUUCAGCGCCUAACACCCAGUGGCUAACUAACAUUUGAUUAUUACGUUGUAUUUGCAAUGCUGUUCAUGGAUUCAAUUAGGUCUAGAAAGUCUUGUAGCUGUCUUAACUCUAAGACACUGUUCUCUUUUAUAGACAUGCAGGAACUAAAGUAAAAAAAAAUGUAAUUAAUUUUUUGUGACCUGAACUAAGAAAAAUGAUCAGAUCAUUUAGUUAAUUAGGUAUAAAUAACUUACCUAAAUUUUUUUUUUUUCAAUAUAAUGUGAUUAGGUUUGCAGCUUUGUGUAUUAAACCUUGUUAAGACAGAAUAGAAUUGAAUGGGCCACUGUUUGUUAAAACUCCUACUAAAAAGAAACUAUUUUUAAAAAUGUUUCACUCAACCUUUAUAUAAUUCUAGAACCACUUUUUGAAAGCAGACAGUGAGCUUCUGAGGUUUACAUUUAAUUCUAUAAGCUAAUUGUGUGUAUAUUAGAAAUAUAGCAUUUGAUAUUAAAAACACAGGAUUUUUUUCUUUUUUGUCAUUAAUAGAUUCGGUGAAGAAAUGAUUUCACCAGCCUGCAUAAUAUUACAAAUAAAUCUGUUUAAUUCAUCCA